AUAUGGAUCACAACGUUGAUCAAAAACAUUUCUUUGGAUCCUAAUAUGCGGUUUAUGUCUUCCAGAAUGGACUCCUUCCCCAAGUGUUCUGUCUGUCAGCAGCAGUUUACACUGAAUGGCCCCGCCCCCUACCUACUGCCCUGUCUACAUGUUGUGUGUGAGACAUGUGUGACAUCUGCAGCUGGUGGUGUGAUAUCAUGCUCUACUUGUCAGAGGGAAGUCAACCUCACAGACACACACUUCCAGAAGGACGUAGUGAGACAGAAAGAAAUAUUCCACCUGACGGUCAAACAUCGCCCCACAGAGCUUCUCUGUACACACGAAGAUGAUGGCAACCAGGCUGUGUGUUGGUGUCAGGACUGUGAAGAUUUACUCUGUGAAUACUGCCAGAACAUGCACAGCAACUUCAAAGUUACCAGAAGCCAUGUAGUCCAAAACUUCGCCGACUUGGAACCGACUUUCUGGACUGUUCAAAAUUUUUGCAGCAUUCAUAAAUACGAGCCCCUCUAUCUGUUUGAUAAAAGCUGCAGGAAAUUAAUCUGUGCGAGAUGUAGAAUUGAAGAUCAUGUCGACCACGAAGUUGAGAAGGUUGAUGUGGCUGCUGAAACUCUAACACAACAACUGGAAUAUCAUAAGAAUGAGCUAUCAACGUUACAGACUCGCCACCAGGCAUACAUGCAGAGUAUCAGGCAAGGAACCGAAUCCACUGACGCCACACACAAUUCUUUGAAAGAAAAUAUUCGUCACAUUUUCCAGUCUUUGAGAUCACAACUUGAUCAAAGAGAGAAGGACAUUCUCAUCGAUCUGGAAAAUCAUACGAAGGAGACAAAGGCAACACAACAUGCUCUUCUCACCGCCUGUGAAGAAGACAAGAAGACCUGUACAAGGGUGUUAGACUACAUCAACAAUGUCUUCCUCUUUGCCUCAAAGUCAGACAUCCUCGGCCUGGAGAGAUAUGUUGGGGAGAUGACUCGGACCUGCCUGGACACUGCCGCGCCUCAAACAUAUGCAGUACCCACAGCUGUCUUCAACACCAACAGUUUGUCAAAACUGAAAGCGACUGUAUCAGGAUUUGGUGCCAUUUUGACGAUGGAUAUGGACGGAAAAUCGGAAAUAAUUGCUGACAGGGGUACUCAGACUGAUGAUGACUUUAUGGCAGACGUGGAAAUGAAACACAAAAUGGACAUGGAAGAACUAAAGACGAAAAUCGACUCAGACGAAAAGCACAUUGAAAGCCUUACAAAGCUGUCAGACAAGCUCAAUUCAGAAAUCGAAAGCUUGAAAUCACGCAUUGAUGAGAAAGAAGCCAUUGAGAAGAAGGAUGCCAAAACAAUAGAUUUCUUGCUUGGUGUUACGGGUGUGGUCGGAGAAUGUGAUGUUCAUCUGCUGAAGACGGGAGCUGUAGACAGAUCUUUCAUGCUGAAGUGUAUACCUCUAAAGUAUGACAAAGACAGAGUCAAUCUCGACUGCGUCCACAUCAACACAGAAGGAGACCUGGUCAACAGUAAGCCGGGCACCAGACCUGCAGGAGAGGGGAGACUGAAGAAGUACGAGGGCACAUGCAGCACUGCCCCCCUCCUCAUGGAUGGGUGUCCCCAGUACUGGGAGGUAGAGAACAGGGUCAGUCUGGACAAACCACUCCCAAAGACCUGGCUGAUCCUGGAGGUUGGAGUAUGCAGGGAGGAGCAGAGGGAUGUGACCCAUUGGAUAGGUAGGCGUCCUCACUCCUACUGUAUGAUCGUCUCCCACUGUACUACACACAGUGGGAUAUGCAGGAAGAUAUGGAAGGAGGGGAAGCGUGUGCUUCAUCUGCCUGACACUCUCCCCAACACAGCAGGGGCAUCACACACACUACAUUACGGUGUUGUCUAUGAUGGCGCCAGGAAGAAGAUUGUCUUCAUUGAUGUGAAGGAGAAGAAAGUCAUGUCGACGUUAGACAAUGUAGACUGUAGUGAACCACUGUGGCCGAUGUUCGGGGUGUAUAACGCCCAUCUCCUCACUGUCAGCAUGAGACUUGUAGUGGGCAGCGACAUCAACAUGACGGAGGAGAAGAAAGCCAUGAUUGUCAAGUCACUGUCGUGAUGGUGACAGUGAUGGUGAUUUGAACUCACAGACAUUCGAAUUGAAUUCUACCAAGGAACACUUCAUAACUUGAUAAUAUCUUCUCUAUGAAAAAAGACGUUUACAAUGAUAACGUACAUGGCGUCGCCAUGUAUUUACAUACAACUCUGUCAAAGUGUACUAUUUACACAACACAAAGCCAAUAGUAGCAACUACAUCCAGUGUGUAUAAUUAUGAAUUAUGAAAUGCAUGAUUCUAAUUGAACUUAAUAUGUAACACGAGUUCUGAUUGGUGAAUGUUAAAAAUUUCCGACCGUAUAAUCAGCAUAUACGGUCGCAGUUUGAAUUAUAAUUGAAUAUAAUUGAAUAUUGGCGUCGCCAAUAUAACGUUAAAUUUGCGGCUAUAUAACAACCGGUAUACGUCCCCAAUUUGUCAAACACAGUACAGUUAUCCCCUAAAUACCUAUGCGUGGUGAUUAUAAAUUAACACAUUAAACAAAAACAGUAGACAAUUUGUUCUUGUUGAAAUUCCUUAAUUUCCAUCAGAGAUGUUGCUACAAUGGCGUGAGGCAAGCACAUGUUGCAAUGGUAAUUGUGUUUUCGAGUCUUGCAGUGGUACGUAUGAGAAAGGACUACACGCCUUAUAAAUAUAAAGAGUGACGAAGUACAAAAGCUACCGCGUUGUUUUGGAAAUACGAGUGAAUGCCACAUGCACGUGGAUGUUUUCCCCGUCUCCACUUCUUGCAAGAUAAUUCGUGAACAUAUUUUACGGAUACUUCAGCGACUAUUUAAGUUUCAGAUCGUUGGUACAUGUUUCCGCCGACUGUGGUAAUAUUUCGUCCAUUUAAAAAUGGAAGUCCUUCACAUGGUGUACCAACAGCAUUUGAAGAUUCGCACCCAAGAGUAAAGAGAGAUGCUUUUAACCGCUAGGCUACCGCUAGGAAAUAUUACCACAAAGAUGAAAGUAAAUUUCUUGCUAAUAUGUAUAUAUGGGUACACAAAACAAAUAUCACACAGCUCCUGUGUUAUUGUUACCGUCAUUUCCACAAGUUGUAAGGAAACCUUUCAAAUAUCAUAUAAUUGACAGGUGAUCAUCUCACCACACAUUAGCAAAUAUAUCUUGUUCAAGGGAUUGGUAUAUUUCUUAAGAGAAAGGGUUGUGCAACAUUUCAAGGCAGUUAUCCGUUAUAUUUGCUAAAAAGAGAGGCGGUCUGAUAGCCUUGGGGUUCAAAGCAUCUCUCGUUACGCUCGGGUUCGACUCUAUAAAUGCAGUUGCUGGAAUAUUACAACCAUUGACGUAAACCUGUACCAACGAUAUCAAACGUAAGAAUUUUCCGAGCAUUUCUCAUAUACUGUUCUGAGUUAUCCCGAAGUAUUGAAUAAAAUCUAACGGCUGUGUGA